CUUCGCGGUAUCAUUAAUACUUUUAAGGUCGCGUAAAUAAGACGGGGAUUAUUUAUUGUCAGUCGAACUGUAUGGUAUGGUAAACCCGAUUAAAAGCAUGGCAUGUCGACAUGUUCAAAAUAUGGUUCAGAGUGUCUCUAAAUGUUCUGGAAACGAGGCUCCUUAUUCACCUGUCAUAGACACCAACUCUGAUUCGGCUUCUAGUUCCGUUAACACAUCUAAGAGCUGUAAAAUUUCAGGACAACCAGAGAAAAAGCCCGAAUGUCACUCAGAAUCAGAUGAAAGAUGUCAUAGCAAAAAUUGUCUUGCGCCUAACAUAUCUAGUCCCUGUGCUUUCCAUUGCGAAGAAGACCAACAGUUACCUAUUAAGUGUGCACAAUCAAAAAAGAUUUCACAUGAAGACUUAGACGAUCGCCAGUCUCCGAAUGACUAUCUCUGGCAGAAGUUGGAAGCGUUGAUUGACCAGAUGAUCUCAGAGGAGGAUGGGAUUCCCGUCCGUAAUGUAAAAAGUCUUAUGUCCGUUAUUCCCAGUACAUUCACAGGCAGUGAUAUCGUUCACUGGUUGAUGGAACACACUGGUGCUAGCGAUGUUACUGAAGCAGUUCAUCUUGCUAGCCGUAUUGCGUCUAUGGGCUACAUUUUUUGCAUUGACGACCAUGUGCUGACAGUUAAAAAUGAUGGGCAUACUUAUUACAGAUUUCAAACACCUUUUCUGUACCCAAGUCGAUGCAUGGAAGCAGAUACUGCAGAUUAUGCUGUAUACUUGUGUAAACGCACUAUGCAAAAUAAACAAAGACUAGAGUUAGCCGGAUUCGAAGCUGAACGUUUAGCUAGUUUACAGAAUAUUUACUGUCACAAAUGGGAAUUCAUUUAUAUACAAGCUGAAGCAGAAGCUAAAGUAGAUAAGAAAAGAGAUAAAUUGGAGAGAUUGGUCCUUGAGUCACAAGAAAGAGCUUAUUGGGAUUUACAUCGGCCUCCACCAGGUUGUAUCAACACAACUGACAUUGAUAUGCGUAAAUUAUGUCGUGCUAAACGUCCUAAAAAGACUCCAUCACGACCUGUGAAUUUCCCUAUUCCAAGUGGUCCAGAUGGAUCCAUUCUAUUCUCAGUUUUGGAUGGUCUGUCACCACGGGAUCGAAUAGCUAAACUUCAUGCUUGUUCACGUACAAGAAUUAAACUAUCAAAGGCUGCUGAAAGUUUACAAAACUAUUCUGAUCAGUACUCUGAAUUCGACCUAUUGUUAUUCACAUCAACAUCUGUUGGAUUUUCUUCUCCUUCGGGAACUGGUGUAAAUCAACCAAAUACACUUGCUUCCACUGGUCAGUUGAUAUCAGGUGGCGGAUUGAAUACUAAUGCUAAUUCAUCAUCCUCAUCUGCUGUACCUGGAUCUAUUCUGCGUUCAUCUGGUGAUAAAUUGAUUCAUCAUACACGAAGUAUAUCAGCGACUGGAUUCAAUGGGAUCUCAUCAUUAACUUCUAUGUCACUUGCGCGUACAGGUAGUGGAGUAGCAAAUGGUGCACAAAAUGUUACUGCAAGUGGACAGAUUUCCAGUGGACAUGGUUCGUCUGGACAUAUGGUGAAUGUUGCUAGUGCACCCACUUCAGUGUAUGAUCCGACACAAGAACCAGUUAGUGCAUUGAACCCAUGGAUUUCAGACAAUCCAGAUUAUUGGAAUACAGAUGUGCGUCCUAAAUACUUGCCUAUUCGUCGUAUUAAACGUUGGAGUUUUUCAAUUCAUGAAUUACUGAAAGAUCCAGUUGGCUUAGAAGAAUUUCAACGGUGGUUAGAAAAAGAAUUUUCAGCAGAAAAUCUAAGAUUUUGGCAGGCUUGUCAGGUGCUAAAAGGUGCUCCUCUUCGUGAAGUUCGUCAAUCAAUAAUGAAUAUAUAUCAACAAUACCUGGCACCGAAUGCAGUAGAACCAAUAAAUAUUGAUAGUAGAAUUGCUGAUCUAGUUCGACGUCAUAUAGACGAUGAAUUGAAUACAACACCGAAUCGAUAUUGUUUUGAAGCUGCUGAAGAGCAUAUUUUUCAUCUGAUGAAAUCAGAUUCCUAUUGUCGUUUUCUACGAUCUGAUGUCUAUCGUGAAUUAUUUCGUGGUGGUAAGAAAAAAUCUAAAAAACAACGUAGUGUAAUAAAUACGAGUACUUGUUCAGCACCUGGUGGGGGUGGAGCAAUUCAGAUUGCUGCAUCAGUCAAUUUUACUGGGAUUGAGUAAUCAACCCGAUUGGGAUAAACAAUCGCAUUUUAAAGUAUCUUCUUUAACCAAAUACACUUCAGUACUUUCUUUGUUUCCAAUUUAAUUUUUCUGCACUUUAUCAUGGUAUAUUGUUACUUAUGAGAUUUAAUUUUCACAGUCAAUAUUAUGUGCAAUUUAAAUGUUUUCAAAGUUUUUAAACCCCCUAAAGAUCUAUGCUCUUUUAAUUCUAUCAUUGUAUGUUCGAUUAAGGGGGGGGGGGAGUGAAAUCAGAUACCUUUGGUGACUUCAACGCUUUCCAUCCAACUAACUCUUCAUCCGUUUCUUCUUACAUCCAGUUUAGAGUUUAGUCUCCAUCAUUUCAUUUGUCGGCCUAGUUGUGGAAUGUGUUUAAUAUAACUUGAAUGACUAGUCAACUUACAGAGGCUUGAAAUUGACAUCUUGUCGGCAUUUUCUUGGACUGGGUUUCUUUUUACUGGUUCAACACGCGUAUUCUGUCAUUCCUACGAACAAAUUUAAUGAGUCAGAAAGUGAAAAAGGAUUAUUUAUUACGUUGUUAAAGUUAUUAAGUGUUCCACUGUGAUAUCUCAGUCUUUUCUUUGUUUUCAUCCUCUGAAGUCCUAUGCAUUUAUUAUUAUUUAUAUCCACUAAUUUGUGUUUGUGAAUUAACACGUUAUUCAGUUUGUUUCUUUUCAAUCUUCCUCUCUUUCCUGAAUAAUUCUGCUGACAUUUAUUUAUUUAUUUUGUUUGUGACUGCUUUAAUUGAAUUUGUUUAAUGCUCAAACAUUUAUCAAUCAUUGGUGUCCAUUCCACAUAGUGUUGUUGCGUUGGGCAGCGGAGUUUAAUUAAACACAGGAAUGUUUUUUUUAUUGUACAGGUUAUUCUAUAUAUUUAUCAUGCAUAUUUCAUUCUGGGAAUAUUUUCUAAGCAUUUGGUACUCUGUGGUUGCAUUUAAACUAAUUUGACUUCUGAUUUUAUUAUUUUACUUAUUACAGAUAGUUUAUUUAUUGACUGUGAUCUUAAUUUAAUUUGGUUUUUUUCGCAUAUACUUAUUUGACUACUUACAGUGUUUGUUUAAGUAGUGAUCUGUGCAGAUCAUUCAUUAUUGGGCACUGUGAUGUAUGUGUGGCUAUUAUCAUUGAUAUUUUACUUAUUAUUAUUACUAUUAUUUAUUCAAAAUUUCCGCUUAUCUUAACUGCAUAGUGUAAUUUUAUGUGAUAGUAAACUAAAUCGUAUUGCUGAAACUUUCGUCACACCAGUUACUUAGAAUUAUAAAAU